GUCUCCUCUGUCCUAGUCUCUUUCCAUCUCUCCUCCCCUCAGGUCAGAUAUAUACUCAGUCCAUCAGCAGCUGGAGCAGCAGGAGAAGAAGAGCAUCAUUAGUCCAGACAUGGCAUGGCUUCAUCAGAGUCGAGGUUCUCCAAGACUUGUCCUGGUGGUGGUGUGUGUCGCUCUGCUGCUCGACAAUAUGCUGCUAACUGUGGUUGUACCAAUCAUCCCAACAUUCCUUUAUGCCAUGAGGCAUCCCAGUCCAGAGCCCCAGACCACCCAGCCCUCCCUGCUCCCUCUACCCAACCAUGGCCCAUCACGCCUGGGCAUGUUGCCUUCACACUCCCCAUUCCCCACACCAACCCUCCAGACCUCACAGUCCUCAGAACUCCCUCAGUCCAACUACAGCACUGUGGUCCCGGAUAUACAGUCGAAGCAGUCUCCCCCCACCUUCUCCCCUCUGGUGUCUCUGUAUGACAACACAACCUUCGGUCUGCAGGAGGUCCAGACUGAGCUGUCCUCCAACACCCAGUUGUCAGAGCAGAGCACUCUGCCCACAGACCUGCAGAUCAAUGACACCACAAAUGCUACAGAGUCCUCAUGUCUUCAGGACAGUGCGUUUCUGGAGGAGGAAAAUGUUCUUGUUGGUUUGCUGUUUGCCUCUAAAGCGCUCAUCCAGCUGCUGGUCAAUCCCUUCGUUGGUCCUCUCACCAACAGAAUUGGGUAUCACAUCCCCAUGUUUGCUGGGUUCAUCAUCAUGUUUGUGUCAACCAUCAUGUUUGCAUUCUCUGGAACGUACGUUCUGCUCUUCUUCGCUCGCUCUCUGCAGGGAAUUGGCUCAUCCUUUUCAUCUGUGGCAGGUCUGGGUAUGUUGGCCAGUGUGUAUCCAGAUGAUGAGGAGAGAGGAAUUGCCAUGGGCAUCGCCCUGGGAGGACUGGCUAUGGGAGUCCUGAUUGGAGCUCCAUUUGGCAGUGUGAUGUAUGAGUUUGUAGGGAAGAGUGCCCCUUUCCUGAUCCUGGCUUUCCUGGCUCUGUUUGAUGGAGCAUUACAGUUGUGCAUCCUGCAGCCUUCAAAGAUCUCUCCUGGGAGUGUGGAAGGAACUCCAUUACUGACACUAUUAAAAGAUCCAUACAUCCUUAUCAGUGCAGGUUCUCUGUGUUUCGCCAACAUGGGGGUUGCCAUUCUAGAGCCAACACUGCCCAUCUGGAUGUUGCAGACCAUGUGCUCCCCUAAAUGGCAACUUGGUAUGGCCUUUCUCCCUGCCAGUAUCUCCUACCUGAUAGGAACAAAUCUGUUUGGUGUCUUGGCCAAUAAGAUGGGACGGUGGCUCUGCUCCAUGUUGGGGAUGUUUAUUGUUGGCAUUAGUCUCCUAUGUGUUCCUUUUGCGACCAGCAUCUACGGUCUGAUUGGACCAAACGGAGGUCUCGGCUUUGCUAUAGGUAUGGUGGACUCCUCCAUGAUGGCCAUCAUGGGCUACCUCGUCGACAUUCGUCAUGCCUCUGUCUACGGCAGUGUCUAUGCCAUAGCUGAUGUGGCGCUGUGUAUGGGCUUCGCUAUAGGACCAUCCACAGGGGGAGCUCUGGUCCAGGCGGUGGGUUUUCCCUGUCUAAUGGUGUUUAUCGGAGUGAUCAACAUCCUGUAUGCUCCGCUCUGCUUUCUGUUACGUAACCCCGCGGUCCGAGAGGAGAAAAUGGCAAUCAUCGACCAGGAGUGUGUGAUGCACCGGAAAAGCUACAACACACAGAAGGAGAGUCGUGAGUUUCCUCUGAGUGACUACAGUGAAGAAGAAGAAGAAGAAGAAGAAGAUAUGGAGUAACACACACAGGCACAUGCAGUCAUAUUGUUAUUGUUUUCAUGUUUUACCUUCCUGCAGUCAAACGGUCAGAACAGAUCAGACAUCAGAUAUUUCUUAAAUGGAAAGAGUCGACAUUGAAAGCUCAUUCUUACAUUCAGUAAAGUAAUGAACUGUUUAACUGGGUCUCACAUAUUCCUCUCACUCACAGUGUUAGUCAGUGUGUUUAUGUUUUAAUUAAACCAGACUUUUUAAUCCAACUGAAAUGUACAAUAUCAAAUUGCUCAAAGUCAAACCCAACCAGGUACUGUGACAUUCAGUGAUACUAAAGCUGGCCUAGACUCUCUGCGCAUGCUCCACAGUUCCCACCCACAAGCUUUGACCUGGAAAUAAUAGAAAAUACACAGAAGAAGACGAAAACUGCCACAACAACAUGGUAAAAUCUAGAGUGGUUUUUAAUAUUUCAUAUUUUUUAUAUUCUUGGAUAAUAGGGAGACUUGAUGGUGGCCUACAUGCUCACAACAAGCAGAAAGAGGGCUUAUCCCCACUUAGUAGAGUGGAGGCAGACACACUUCUUCAAUGAAAUCCAUUCCCCACCAGUGCUCGUCCACUGGGACAACAACUUAGUGUUUGACGACAAAUGAUUAUACACUGUGUUACAAAUAUCUCCCAUGGAAAGUCAGAAGAGGCCAAAGGUCACACAAAAAGACACAUUACAACUACAAAGUAACACCGACUAAUAGAAGUCAAACAGGUUCAAUGGGAUGUAAUGCAUUGUUGCUACACCACAUAUUUCUCCAAUGUAAUCACAAAUUUGCGGCAAAUUGUAAUUUAAAAUGUGAUUUCUUUUUUUUGUUUUUGGAGAAAGUGAGCUAGUGUAGGUAUAAAUAGAGUUUGGGGAAUUGUAUAGUUAAGUAGUUUUUUCCUGUCCAAGCUACCAAGCUAGUUGAUUGAAAACACAGUUAAGUUGACUGUUGCUUUUAUUUAAAGGUCAGUCAAUUUUGAAAUUUAAUUUAAUAACAUUUAUUUUUGUAAAUAAAUACUGAUGGCACAUUUCUAAACCUUUAAACAUUCAUACUUCAACCACAACAUCAAAAAUGACUGAAUUUAUCAUAAUAUUGGAAAGUUAGUAACAUAUAAGAUAAGGAGGUUCUCUGUGGUGUGAAAUAUAAAGAAUGUAUUGGUUUGUCAUUAAAGAGUUCUGUGUAAAUUUAACCCAUUUUAAGGAACAUGUUCCUUCAUCUUCUUUAAUUCAUUUGUUUGAAAGAAAGUGUUGACUUGUGAAACUGAAGCUGACUCUGUGUCUGACCUUUGAACUGUCUCACCAUUAAAACCUGUUGUUUCCUGGA